GUUUAGUAAUGCAGAGAAAAUUUGGGUGACUUCUGGAUUUCCUGUGAGGAGAACUUCUAUUGGGCCCGUAGGUGAAAGGCAUGUUUCCGAUGAACUGGGAGGGAAUCUAGGUAUUAAGUUGGCUGGCAAAAGAUGGGCUGGGCUGAAAUGACAAAAUCAAAGUUUGUUUCCUGGUCGACUUUACUGAGUGAGGCAAUCCGACUGCUGGUGAGCGUUUCCCUUGAGUUUGCAGAAGGCACAGAGAUGAAACAAAAGGGGCUGUGAAGAAACCAACCGCUGUGCCUGGAAACAGAAGUGAAAAGCCUUGCUCUUAGAGAAUCUCUUCGGAGGGAAUUCCAGGAGGAUCACAUGACCCUCACAGCUUAGCCUUGACGGGGCACUAUGGCUAGCGAACUGGACUACAACGAAGCCCUACACAAACAUGAGGGAGUCUUUUAUAGGUACCCGCUGAAGCUGGUCCAUGGGAUACCCCUGAUGGAACCCAUCGCUCAACAAUGGGCUCCUAUUGAAAAUUUCCAAGCGCGACCGGAUGACUUGGUCAUCUCGACCUAUCCCAAAGCAGGUACCACAUGGACACAAGAGAUUGUUGAUCUGGUUCUUAACGGUGGCGAUGUGGAAAAAGCUCAGCGGAGCCCCGUGCAUGUUCGGAUCCCGUUUCUAGAGAUCUGCUCUCCACCCCCUAUGCCUUCAGGGGUGGAUAGCCUGGUGAAUGCCCCGUCUCCUCGUGUGAUCAAAACCCACCUCCCCUACCAGCUUGUUCCCAAAAGCUUUUGGGAAAAGAACUGCAAAAUGAUCUACGUUGCUCGGAACGCUAAGGACAGCCUGGUCUCCUACUUCUUCUUUGACCAGAUGAACUUGACACAGCCAGACCCGGGGCCAUGGGAGAGCUAUGUUAAGAAAUUCAUGGAAGGCAAAGUCGCCUGGGGCUCUUGGUACGACCACGUCCGGCGUUACUGGGAUGAGAAAGGAAACCACCGCAUCCUGUAUCUGUUUUACGAAGACAUGAAAGAGGACUUAGCCCGUGAGGUCCGCCGUGUGAAGGAUUUCCUGGAGGUUGACCUGCCUGAAGAUGCUGUUCAGAAGAUUGUCCAUCACACGACAUUCCAGGUCAUGAAGGACAACCCAAUGGCAAAUUACGAUACUGUCCCCAGCGUCAUUUUUGACAAGUCAAAGAGCACAUUUAUGAGGAAAGGUGAAGUUGGCGACUGGAAGAAUUAUUUCACGGUAGCUCAAAGGGAAGAGUUUGAUGCCGAUUAUCAGCGCAAGAUGGAAGGAACAACCUUACAUUUCCGGGAUGAAUUGUAGACUAAGAAACAGGCCCCUAUUGCCACUUGUACCAUCAAAGAGCAAAACCUUUCCCUUUGCAUUGCAUUUUUUUGUUAUUUUCACUGUCUGUGCUAUUAAAAUGGUGUGGAUACAGUGUGUGUGAGUGUGUGUGUGUGUGUGUGUGUGUGUGUGUGAGAGAGAGAGAGGUAUCUACACUAGUCAAGUUAGAACGUGUCUUACCGUUUUUAAGUGUGUGUUUGGUAGUAUUUCGCCACAUGACGUUCAGUUUGUGACGUUUUAUUGUUGUCUGUUCUCCGGUUUUUAUUUUGAACUUCUCUGAAAUAAGUCGUUCUAUUUGGUAUGAUGUGGCCGAUUUCAUCAUAUUAAAUGGGUUUCUUUCCUGUAGUUCUUAAUUAGCCAAUUGUAUUCCUGGGGGGCAUGUUUAUGUAAUUUCCACGCCCAAAGUUGGAACUGUUUUUUUUCUUUCAAGCCUCUUUUUUGCAGCCACUCUUAGUUUCACUUUUGGGAGGGGAAAUAGUUUGUAAGUGGAGGAUUCUCGGAGAGAAGAGGAAGUGGGAGGGGAAAUUGGCAGACGG